GGAAAGAGACGAUUUUUUACCGAAUGCCCCUACCCCCCCUUUUCAAUAUGGCUGUCGUAUCUGCUGUCUCCUGUACCGCUCCGAUUGGAGAUUGACUCGACUCUCCCUUCCUAAUUGCUUGUUACUUUCGUCGCUGUCGUCGAGACUUUUGAAAACAAAUCUAUUUUGUUUCUGUUCACCUCCCCCCUUCUGCGUUUUUUUUGCUCCUGCCUUCAUCAAGCAUCGCAUCGGGCCUUUUUGCCCCUAAACAACCAGCUUCCAAAUACUCCCAGUCAAUCAACAAUUUCCAAUGGUUUGAAAACACUUUUCGCUUUUCAUUUUCUUUUUAAUGAACAAUGUGUGAAAACUGCGCUGAGCUGGUGGAGGUAUUAAAUGAAAUAUCGGACGCAGACAGCGCUGACGGCCUACAGCUGAAGAAGGAGCAUGCUCUCCGCGUUUUCAGCUACAUCAGCUCAUGGACCCAAAGGCAGUGUCUGUGCUGCUUUAAGGAGUAUAAGCACCUGGAGGUGUUCAACCAGCUGGUGUACGCGCUCAUCAACCUGGUGAUCAGCCAGGUGCAGCACCUGCGUGAGCGUCUGUACCGGGGGCGGGGCGGGGGGGCGGAGUGGGAGGGGCCGGGCCCCAGGCCGCCGCCCCCUGGCGAGGAUGAGCCGCUCAACGUGGAGCGCGAUUCGGCCGAGGAGGACGGGGGCGUGGACAACCAGAACCAGAACCAGGGCCAGGGCCAGGGCCAGGGCCACCGGGCCGGGAAGCCGGAGCUGGGCCGGCCCGGGGAGGGCCUCGGCGCUCCCGCCGGGUCAGAAUUCCCGGAGCCCUUCGGAUCCUGGAGCACGGAAGACCGGGAGAAGCUCCUGCUGUGUGCUGCCAAGAUAUUCCAGAUCCAGUUUCCCCUGUACACAGCCUACAAACACAACACACACCCCACUAUAGAGGACAUUUCCGCCCAAGAAAGCAAUAUCCUGGGAUCCUUCUGUGACAUGAAUGAUGUGGAGGUCCCGCUGCACCUGCUGCGCUACGUGUGCCUGUUCUGUGGGAAGCAUGGCCUCUCGCUCAUGAAGGACUGCUUCCAGUUCGGCACGCCCGAGUCCCUGCCCUUCCCCAUCGCCCACGCCUUCAUCACCAUCGUGUCCAACAUCAGGAUAUGGCUGCACAUCCCAGCGGUCAUGCAGCACAUCAUCCCCUUCAGAACGUAUGUAAUCAGGUACCUGUGCAAGCUGUCGGACCAGGAGCUGCGCCAGAGUGCGGCGCGCAACAUGGCGGACCUGAUGUGGAGCACGGUGAAGGAGCCGCUCGACAGCACGCUGUGCUUCGACCAGGAGAGCCUGGACCUGGCCUUCAAGUACUUCAUGUCCCCCACGCUCACCAUGCGGCUGGCCGGCCUCAGCCAGGUCACGAACCAGCUGCACACGUUUAACGAUGUGUGCAAUAACGAGUCUCUGGUCUCCGACACGGAAACGUCGAUCGCCAAGGAGCUGGCCGACUGGCUCAUCAACAACAACGUGGUGGAGCACAUCUUCGGGCCCAACCUGCACAUCGAGAUCAUCAAGCAGUGCCAGGUCAUCCUCAACUUCCUGGCGGCGGAGGGGCGGCUCAGCACGCUGCACGUGGACUGCAUCUGGGCGGCGGCGCAGCUGAAGCACUGCAGCCGCUACAUCCACGACCUGUUCCCGUCGCUCAUCAAGAACCUGGACCCCGUCCCCCUGCGGCACGUCCUCAACCUGGUGUCGGGCCUCCACCCCAGCGCCCACACCGAGCAGACGCUGUACCUGGCCUCCAUGCUGAUCAAGGCCCUGUGGAACAACGCGCUGGCCGCCAAAGCCCAGCUGUCCAAGCAGAGCUCCUUCGCCUCGCUGCUCAACACCAACCUGCCCCUGGGCAACAAGAAGGGGUCCCCGGCGGCCAGUCCUGAGAGCAGCGACAACAGCGACACGCACCACAGCGGCGGCAGCGACAUCGAGAUGGACGAGCAGAUCAUGAGCGGCGGGAAGCGGGGCCAGCAGCGGCUCUCCGACACCGAGGAGUCGAUGCAGGGCAGCUCGGACGAGACGGCCAACAGCGGCGAGGAGGGCAGCAGCGGCCCGGGCAGCAGCAGCGGCCGCAGCGAGGGCUCCAGCAACGAGGCGGGCUCCAGCCGCGCCAGCCAGUCCGCCGGCAGCCCCGGGAGCGAGCUGCACUCCGACGACAUGGCCGACAGCGAGGCGCUGAAGGAGGAGGAGGAGGAAGAGGAGGAGGAGGAGGAGGAAGAGGAGGAGGACGACGACGAGGAGGAGGAGGACGAGGAGGAGGCGGGGGGCGGCGGGGGAGGGGGGCCGGUGGCGGCGUCGUCCGCCGGGGCGGCCGUCGGGGGCGGAGGGGGACCGCAGAAGGAGCACAGGGACCCGGCGGAGAUCAGGAAACGGAAGGCUGGGGAGUCGCAGCCGCAGGGGGGGCUGUGUUUGGGGGACCCCCAGGGGCCGGGGGAGAGGGAGCGGGCGGGGGCCGGCGGUGGGGGAGGCGGGGGUGGAGGGCCGGGGAAAGGCCUGCCCUUCUCCCCCGAGGCUGCGGCCUCCAUGGUGGCCUCUUCCUCCUCGGUGGUGGAGAGCCGCCUGAGGCUGCUGGACGCCUGCUCCUCUUCCUCGGCCCGCCCCGAGGGGCCGGACCGCGACCUGCAGGGGGAGAUGGGCCCCGCGCACAUGCCCCCCGGGCCCCAGGACCCCCCCUGCCUGCCCCGGCCCGGGGACUUCCUGGGAGAGGCCAUGGGCAACGAGCUCUUCAACUGCCGCCGCUUCAUCGGCCCGCAGCACCAUCACCACCAUCAUCAUCAUCACCACCACCACCACCAUCACGAGGGGCACAUGGUGGAGGACAUGCUCAGUGCGGACGACGUCAGCUGCAGCAGCUCCCAGGUCAGCGCCAAGUCGGAGAAGAACAUGGCCGACUUCGACGGUGAGGAGUCAGGCUGCGAGGAGGAGCUGGUGCAGAUCAACUCCCACGCCGAGCUCACCUCCCACCUGCAGCAGCACCUCCCCAACCUGGCCUCCAUCUACCACGAGCACCUGGCGCAAGGUCCAGCGGUCCACAAGCAUCAGUACUCUGGGCACGCCGUCACCGACAUCAACCUGGACAACGUGUGCAAGAAGGGGAACACCCUGCUGUGGGACCUGGUCCAGGACGAGGACGCGAUCCACCUGUCGGAGGGCCUGAUCAACGAGGCGGAGAAGCUGCUCUGCUCGCUGGUGUGCUGGUUCACCGAUCGCCAGAUCCGCAUGCGCUUCAUCGAGGGCUGCCUGGAGAACCUGGCGCACCACCGGUCGGUGGUGGUGUCUCUGCGCCUUCUGCCCAAACUUUUCGGCACUUUUCAGCAGUUUGGCAGCAGCUACGACACGCACUGGAUCACCAUGUGGGCGGAGAAGGAACUCCAUAUGAUGAAGCUCUUUUUCGAGGACCUGCUGCACUACAUCCAGGAAGUGCGGGAGCAGCGACACAAGUUUGCACUAUACGGGCACAGUGCGGAGGUUCAGGUGCGCCUGCAGUUCCUCACCUGUGUCUUCUCCACCCUGGGCUCCCCCGACCACUUCAGGCUCGGUCUGGAGCAGGUGGACAUCCUGUGGCACUGUCUGGUGGAGGACUCGGAGUGCUACGACGAUGCGCUCCACUGGUUCCUCAACCAGGUCCGCAGCAAGGACCAGCAUGCAAUGGGCAUGGAGACCUACAAGCACCUCUUCCUGGAGAAGAUGCCCCAGCUGAAGCCGGAGACCAUCAGCAUGACGGGGCUCAACCUGUUCCAGCACCUGUGCAACCUGGCGCGCCUAGCAACCAGCGCCUACGACAGCGGGUCCAACUGUGAGCUCUGCGGGAUGGACCAGCUCUGGGGCAUCGCUCUGAGGGCUCAGUCAGCGGACAUCAGCCGCGCGGCCAUCCAGUACAUCAACUCCUACUACAUCAACGGUAAGACCGGGCUGGAGAAGGAGCAGGAGUUCAUCAGUAAGUGCAUGGAGAGUCUGAUGAUCGCGUCGGGGAACCUGGAGAAGGACCCGCACUCCAGCCUGACCAUCAUCGAGAGGGGUCUGCUCAUGCUCAAGACCCACCUGGAGGCCUUCCGCUGCAGGUUUGCGUACCACCUGCGGCAGUGGCAGAUCGAGGGCACCGGCAUCAGCAGCCACCUGAAGGCCCUCAGCGACAAGCAGUCCCUCCCCCUCAGGAUCGUGUGCCAGCCGGCCGGGCUGCCCGACAAGAUGACGAUCGAGAUGUACCCAAGCGACCAGGUGGCGGACCUGCGGGCCGAGGUCACGCACUGGUACGAGAACCUGCAGAAGGAGCAGAUGAACCAGCAGGCCCAGCUGCAGGAGUUCGGCCAGAGCAGCCGCCAGGGAGACUUCCCAGGAGGCCUGAUGGGUCCGGUCCGGAUGAUCUCCUCGGGUCACGAGCUCACCACCGACUACGACGAGAAGACGCUGCACGAGCUGGGCUUCAAGGACAUGCAGAUGGUGUUCGUGUCGCUGGGCGCCCCGCGGCGGGAGCGGAAGGGCGAGGGGGUGCAGCUCCCGGCCUCCUGCCUGCCCCCCCCGCAGAAGGACAACAUCCCCAUGCUGCUGCUGCUGCAGGAGCCCCACCUCACCACGCUGUUCGACCUGCUGGAGAUGCUGGCCUGCUUCAAACCGCCCAGCGGGGCUCAGGCCCUGGAGAGCACACAGACCAUGCAGUGUGAGGAGCUUCACCUGCACGCUGAGAAUCUGUCCCGCCGUGUCUGGGAGCUCCUGAUGCUGCUGCCCACCUGUCCCAACAUGCUGCUGGCCUUCCAGAACAUCUCCGAGGAGACGGGCAGCGACGGGCUGUGCUGGAAGGACCUGCUGCGGAUAAAGAGCCCUCACAAGCUGCUGUACGCCCUGGAGAUCAUCGAGGCCCUGGGCAAACCCAACCGUCGCAUCCGCAGGGAGUCCACGGGCAGCUACAGCGACCUGUACCCCGACUCGGACGACUCCAGCGAGGACCAGAUCGAGAACAGCAAGAACUCCUGGAGCUGCAAGUUCGUCUCGUCCGGGGGCCUGCAGCUGCUGCUGGAGAUCUUCAACUCCGCCAUCCUGGAGCCCAAGGACCAGGAGUCCUGGACCGUGUGGCUGCUGGACUGCUUGGCCUGCCUGCUGAAGCUCAUCUGUCAGUUCGCCGUGGACCCGGCCGACCUGGACCUGGCCUACCACGACGUCUUCGCCUGGUCCGGCCUCUCCGACUCGCAGCGCAAGCGUGCCUGGCCCGGGAAGUCCCGCAAGGCCACCGGGGAUCACGGGAAGGGCCUCCACAUCCCCCGCCUCACCGAGGUGUUUCUGGGCCUCGUCCAGGGGACCAACUUAAUCCAGCGGCUCAUCAACGUGGCCUACACCUACGACAACCUCGCACACAGAGCCCUGAAGGCCCAGUCUGACCACAGAUCUCGUCACGAAGUGACUCACUACUCCAUGUGGCUGCUGGUAAGCUGGGCGCACUGCUGCUCAUUGGUCAAGUCCAGCCUGGCGGACAGCGACCACCUGCACGAUUGGCUGAAGAAGCUCACCCUAUUGGUGCCCGAGACGGCGGUCAGGCACGAGGCGUGUAACGGGCUGUACAAGCUGUCCCUGUCGGGGCUGGAGGGCGGCGAGUCCAUCAACCGCUCCUUCCUGCUGCUGGCAGCGUCCACGCUGCUCAAGUUCCUGCCCGACGCCCAGGCACUGAAACCGCUGAGGGUGGGGGACUGCGAGGAGGAGCCGCUGCUCCGGACGGGCUGUAAGGAGUACUUCUGGCUGCUGUGCAAGCUCAUCGACAACAUCCACGUCAAGGACGCCAGCCAGACCACGCUGCUGGACCUGGACGCUCUGGCGCGGCACCUGGCCGACUGCAUCCGCAGCAGGGAGAUCCUGGACCAGCAGGACGGGACGGUGGAGGACGACGGGCUGACGGGCCUCCUGCGCCUGGCCUCCAGCGUGGUGAAGCACAAGCCCCCGUUCAAGUUCUCGCGCGAGGGCCAGGAGUUCCUGCGCGACGUGCACAACCUGCUGUUCCUGCUGCCCAGCCUGCAGGACCGCCAGCAGCCCAAGUGCAAGUCCCACGCCGCCCGCGCCGCCGCCUACGACCUGCUGGUGGAGAUGGUCAAGGGCUCCGUGGAGAACUACCGCCUGCUGCACAACUGGGUCAUGUCCCAGCACAUGCAGGCCUCCCACGCCCCCUAUAAGUGGGACUACUGGCCGCACGACGACGUCCGGGCGGAGUGCCGCUUCGUGGGGCUCACCAACCUGGGCGCCACCUGCUACCUGGCCUCCACCAUCCAGCAGCUGUACAUGAUCCCCGAGGCACGCCAGGCUGUGUUCACCGCCAAGUACGCUGAGGAGAUCAAGCACAAGACCACCUUGCUGGAGCUCCAGAAGAUGUUCACCUAUCUGAUGGAGAGCGAGCGGAAGGCGUACAACCCGCGGCCAUUUUGUAAGACCUACACCAUGGACAAGCUGCCCCUCAACACGGGCGAGCAGAAGGACAUGACCGAGUUCUUCACCGACCUCAUCACCAAGAUCGAGGAGAUGUCCCAGGACCUGAAAAACACGGUGAAGACGCUCUUUGGGGGGGUCAUAACCAACAACGUGGUGUCUCUGGACUGUGAGCACGUGAGUCAGACAGCAGAGGAGUUCUACACGGUCAGGUGUCAGGUGGCCGACAUGAAGAACAUCUACGAGUCGCUGGACGAGGUGACCAUCAAGGACACCCUGGAAGGGGACAAUAUGUACACCUGCUCCCAGUGCGGGAAGAAGGUCCGGGCCGAGAAGAGGGCCUGUUUUAAGAAGCUCCCGCGCAUCCUGAGCUUCAACACCAUGCGCUACACCUUCAACAUGGUGACGAUGAUGAAGGAGAAGGUCAACACCCACUUCUCCUUCCCCCUGCGGCUGGACAUGACGCCGUACACCGAGGACUUCCUCAUGAGCAAGAGCGACAGGAAGGAGGGGUUCCGGGAAGACGGGGAGUCGAAGGUGGCCGAGAGCUACGAGUAUGACCUCAUCGGGGUCACAGUUCACACGGGCACGGCCGACGGCGGCCACUACUACAGCUUCAUCAGAGACAUCAUCAACCCCCACGCCUACAAGAACAACAAGUGGUAUCUGUUCAACGACGCCGAGGUGAAGCCCUUCGACUCCGCUCAGCUGGCCUCUGAGUGCUUCGGGGGCGAGAUGACGACGAAGACGUACGAUUCGGUUACGGACAAGUUCAUGGACUUCUCCUUUGAAAAGACCCACAGUGCCUACAUGCUGUUCUACAAGAGGGUGGAACCUGAGGAGGACUAUGGGAAAGAUUUUAAAUUUGAUGUUUCUCCCGAUCUGCUCGAGUGGAUUUGGCAUGACAAUAUGCAAUUUCUCCAGGACAAGAACAUAUUUGAGCACACUUAUUUCGGGUUCAUGUGGCAGCUGUGCAGCAGCAUCCCCAGCACCCUCCCCGACCCCAAGGCCAUCUCGCUCAUGACCGCCAAGCUCAGUACGUCUUUCGUUCUGGAGACGUUUAUUCAUUCAAAGGAAAAGCCCACCAUGUUGCAGUGGAUCGAGCUCCUGACCAAACAGUUCAACAACAGCCAGGCGGCCUGCGAGUGGUUUUUGGAUCGAAUGGCUGACGACAACUGGUGGCCCAUGCAGAUCCUCAUCAAGUGCCCCAAUCAGAUCGUCCGGCAGAUGUUCCAGAGGCUGUGCAUCCACGUGAUCCAGCGUCUGAGGCCCGUGCACGCUCACCUGUACCUGCAGCCCGGCAUGGAGGACGGGUCUGAUGACAUGGACGGCCCGGUGGAGGACAUUGGCAGUCGUUCGUGCGUCACACGCUUUGUCAAAACUCUGCUGUCAAUCAUGGAGCAUGGCGUGAAGCCGCACAGCAAGCACCUGAUGGAGUACUUCGCCUUCCUGUACGAGUUCGCCAAGAUGGGCGAGGAGGAGAGUCAGUUCCUCCUCUCCUUACAAGCUAUCUCCAUCAUGGUCCAUUUCUACAUGGGAACCAAAGGCCCUGAGAAUCCGCAGGUGGAGGUGCUGUCGGAGGAGGAAGGGGAGGAGGAGGAUGAGGAGGAGGACAUCCUCUCUCUGGCGGAGGAGAAGUACCGCCCCGCCGCUCUGGAUAAAAUGAUCACCCUCAUCGCCCUAUUGGUGGAGCAGUCCCGCUCAGAGAGGCACCUGACGCUCUCUCAGAACGACAUGGCGGCUCUCACCGGCGGGAAGGGCUUCCCCUUCCUGUUCCAGCACAUCCGCGACGGCAUCAACAUCCGGCAGACCUGCAACCUCAUCUUCAGCCUCUGCCGCUACAACAACCGGCUGGCGGAACACAUUGUUUCCAUGCUCUUCACAUCCAUUGCCAAGCUCACCCCGGAGGCUGCUAACCCCUUCUUUAAGCUGCUCACCAUGCUGAUGGAGUUCGCUGGCGGCCCCCCCGGCAUGCCCUCCUUCGCCUCCUACAUCCUGCAGCGGAUCUGGGAGGUGAUCGAGUACAACCCCUCUCAGUGCCUGGACUGGCUGGCGGUGCAGACCCCGCGGAACAAGCUGGCGCACAGCUGGGUGCUGCAGAACAUGGAGAACUGGGUGGAGCGCUUCCUCCUGGCACACAACUACCCCCGCGUCCGCACCUCCGCGGCCUACCUCCUGGUGUCGCUCAUCCCCAGCAACUCGUUCCGCCAGAUGUUCCGGUCCACGCGCUCGCUGCACAUCCCCACCCGGGACCUCCCGCUCAGUCCGGACACCACGGUGGUGCUGCACCAGGUGUACAACCUGCUGCUGGGGCUGCUGGCCCGGGCCAAGCUGUACGUGGACGCGGCCGUGCACGGCACCACCAAGCUGGUGCAGUUCUUCAGCUUCAUGACCUACUGCCUCAUCUCCAAGACCGAGAAGCUCAUGUUCUCCGGCUACUUCAUGGACCUGUGGAACCUGUUCCAGCCCAAGUUAUCGGAGCCCGCCAUCGCCACCAACCACAACAAGCAGGCCCUGCUGUCGUUCUGGUACAACGUGUGUGUGGAGUGCGCGGAGAACGUCCGUCUGGUGGUGCAGAACCCCGUGGUCACCAAGAACAUCGCCUUCAACUACAUCCUGGCGGACCACGACGACCAGGAGGUGGUUCUGUUCAACCGGGGCAUGCUGCCGGCCUACUACGGCAUCCUGCGCAUGUGCUGUGAGCAGUCCCCCGCCUUCACCCGCCAGCUGGCCUCCCACCAGAACAUCCAGUGGGCCUUCAAGAACCUCACGCCCCACGCCAGCCAGUACCCGGGGGCUGUAGAGGAGCUGUUUAACCUCAUGCAGCUGUUUGUGGCUCAGCGGCCAGACAUGCGUGAGGAGGAGCUGGAUGAUGUGAAGCAGUUUAAGAAGACCACCAUCAGCUGCUACCUGCGCUGCCUGGAUGGGAGGUCCUGCUGGACCACCCUCAUCAGUGCCUUCCGGGUUCUGCUAGAGAACGAUGAGGACCGGCUGCUGGUAGUCUUCAACCGGGGCCUCAUCCUCAUGACAGAGUCCUUCAACACAUUGCACAUGAUGUACCACGAGGCCACCGCCUGUCAUGUGACAGGGGACCUGGUGGAGCUGCUGUCCAUCUUCCUGUCCGUGCUCAAAGCCACACGGCCGUACCUGCACCGCAAAGAUGUGAAGCAGGCCCUGAUCCACUGGCAGGAGAGGAUCGACUUCGCCCACAAGCUGCUCACGCUGCUGAACUCCUACAGCCCGCCCGAACUCCGCAACGCCUGCCUGGACGUGUUGAAGGAGCUGGUUCUCUUGAGUCCUCAUGACUUCCUGCACACGCUGGUGCCCUUCCUGCAACACAACCACUGCACCUACCACCACAGCAACAUCCCCAUGUCCUUCGGGCCCUACCUGCCCUGCCGGGAGAACAUCAAGCUGAUGGGCGGGAAGAACAACAUCCGGCCCCCGCGGCCCGAACUCAACAUGUGCCUCCUGCCCUCCAUGGUGGAGACCAGCAAGGGGAAGGACGAGGUAUACGAUCGCAUGCUGCUGGACUACUUCCUGUCCUACCACCAGUUCAUCCACCUGCUGUGUCGGGUGGCCAUCAACUGCGAGAAGUUCACCGAGACGCUGGUCAAACUCAGUGUCCUGAUGGCCUAUGAGGGGCUACCUCUGCACCUGGCCCUGUUCCCCAAGCUGUGGACCGAGCUGUGCCAGUCUCAGUCCGCCAUGGCGAAGACGUGCGUGAAGCUGCUCUGUGAGGACCCGGCCUUCGGGGAGUACAUCAAGUGCGUCCUCAUGGACGAGAGAACCUUCCUGAACAACAGCCUGGCCUACUCCUUCCUCACCUGCUUCCUGCACAAGGUGCAGAACCAGGUCCUGUCCGGUCCCAGCUGUGGCAGUCUGGUCAACAUCUUGGCCACCAACCUGGUCAACGAGUUCCACAGUCCAGAGGCGGAGCCAGCCAGCCAGAGAAUGGAGAUCUGCAAGAACAGUGCUGUCCUGAACGCUGACCUGAGGGCAUUGGUCCUGCUGCUGUCCGUGCACACACCCCCUCAACUCGACCCCGCCCUCGGCCCCGCCCUGCAGGACCUACUGGUUAAGUGCCGGGCGUGUCUGCAUCACCGCGGCAACCUGGAGCUGGAGCCCACCGACCGCAAGUCCAAAGAUGAAGAGGGCGCCACCCCGGUGAAGCGUCGGCGAGUGAGCAGCGAGGAGGACCACCCGGGCGGGGCGGAGGCCUGCCCCCCCGCCUCCUCUUCCUCCACCUCCUCCUCCUCCUCCUCGUCCUGCGCGGAGGCCAAGCGGGAGGCGCUGACCCCCAGCAGCACCUCGGACACGGAGACGCGCGACUCCUCGCUCAUCGACCCGGGCACCGAGCACGACCCGCCCUCCCCCGCCCCCGCCUCCCCCGCCCCCGCCUCCCCCCCCAAGGAGGAGAAGAUGGAGGCCGGGCCCUCCUGCUCCUCCUCCUCCUCGUCCUCCUCGUCCGGCUCCCCGCCGGAGGGGGCGGGCGCGUUCGGGCAGCCUGCGGGGGGCGCCAAGGAGCAGGAGGAGGAGGCGCAGGAGCAGGAGGAGAGCCGGGCGGGGAAGGCGGGCGAGGACGACGCGCCGUUCCCCUCCUCCUCCUCCUCCACGGCGGGCCUGGCGGGGCUGGACGCCCCGGGCUGCCCCCUGCAGGACACGGACUGCACGCACGGCGGGCUGUGGAACGUGGCGGCGCAGCAGGAUGCCCUGGACUCGCUGUGCCGGACGCUGGAGACCGCCAUCGCGGCCGUGGGCAAGACGGCCGCCAAAGGCGCUCGAGCCGCCGGCCCCGCCUCCUCCUCCGGGUCUUGACGGCAUUUCCAGCUCCCGUCCGGCUUUUUAAACCCCCCCCCCCUCUCUCUCUCUCUCUCUCUCUCUCUCUCUCUCACACAAACACCCAUGAAACCGGAUUAACCACGCUUCUCCCCCUCUCCCCCCCUCUCUCCGUCUGUCUGUUUUAGUUUUAAAAGAACUCCACCCCCCCCCGCCGUCCUGAGCCGUCUCUGCGCUUCGUUCUCGUCACAUGACCUCUCGUUCAGCUUGAAUGGCGAUGAUUCGUACCGUGCGGACGUCUGUUCGUACGCUCCUAUGCUUGAAGCGUCUGGGCUGGGAAACGUGCGCCAACACGAAACGAAAAAACAAAACAAAAACAAACUCAUAAAGGACUGCAGUUAUAGCACAUUCUCUCAAAAGGGCGACAGAUAAAACCUUUAUUUUACCCUCUUCUCUUUCAUUUUUACUUAUUUCCAGAGUUCUUUGGAGUGCUUUCUUUGUUUGAGGUUGCUGUAAGGAGGGGGGAAGGUUUACAGAGUUUUAGUCUUCUGUACGUAAUAAUUUAAUUUUAUUGCAUUUUUACUGUGUAUAAAAUGGUGUCUCCUGUGCCAGUUUUGUACUUUAUUAAGGAGGCUGGCUGCCUCCAGCUGGUGUGGUUAUAUCCAGACUAAGUUUACUUGUACAUUGCGGAACCACAUGAACCUUGAUUCUGUUAAGAAUCCUCCCUAGUUGUGUCCUGGCCGUGUAUAUGAGUAUAUAUGGUGCUUUAUUUGGCAGGCGGUUGUGAGCUGGCGGUGUACAGGAGUAUAUAUACGGUGCUUUAUUUGGCAGGCCUACCUGUGGAUGGAAUAAAGCACUGUUGGUGGAACAGUUGGAGCUUUAUUUUAUUUACUGAAAAAACAUUCCAUAUUAUAUUGUCAUUCUUGCAUUUCCUGAUGUUUGUUUCUUUUCUUUUUUUUGUUUUGUUUUAUUUUAAUUGAGGAUAACUUAAUAAAAAUUAUAAUAUGAAUGAUUAUCAACCAGAAUCGACUAGAAA